AUGGUGAAAAUCAUGGUUGAGUCCCCUAGAGGUAUAACAGCUAUUAAUCCAGGAGAUAGGAUUGCACAACUUGUAAUCCUUCCUAGCAAGCAUUUGCAGUUCAGUGCAUCAAAGAAACAACGAGGAAGUGAAGGCUUUGGAUCCACAGGCGUAGAUUGUACCUUCUUGUCUUUAGAACUAGACCAGAGACCAACCUUAAAGAUAAAAAUAAAUGGAAAGGACAUUCUUGGCCUACUAGACACAGGUGCAGACCGUAGUAUCAUCGCCUCCAAGGAUUGGCCUCCAAAGUGGCCUAAGCAGGCAUCCUCACAAUCCCUUCGGGGACUGGGAUAUUCAGAAACUCCUGAGAUGAGUGCAGUAAUGCUGCGCUGGGAGGAUGCAGAGGGACAUUCAGGCAUGGUGCAACCUUAUGUUUUGGAUUUACCUAUCUCUUUAUGGGGCCGAGACCUUUUGAAAGACAUGAACUAUAAAUUAAGUAAUGAAUACUCCCGUGUUUCUCAAAAAUUGAUGAAGGAUAUGGGACACCAUCCAAAUUAUGGAAUAGGAAAAUUCUUACAAGGAAGAAAUGAGCCCACUGAAGUAGUGCAGAGGCCUCCUCGCCAAGGGCUGGGUUUUUCAUAG